GUGCUACAAGUACAGCGCCUGUUAGCAACUGUCAUGAACCAGUUCAUAGCUAUUGUUCAAGAAGUAAAUUAGAUGAUGAAAUUCAAAAAUUACAAAAGGGUAAAUUUAAGAUAUUGCAUGGAACAAUUGGAACAGGGAAAACCUCCGCGGCUGCGCAUUAUAUUGUUAUGAACAAACAAACGUUUGCUAUUAGUUGGGUUAUAGAUGGCCCUACUGGUGAAGAUCGCGUUAUCGCGUCGUUAACAGACCUGGCCGAGAAACUUGGUGUAUCGUAUGGCGAGUUGUUUCAAACUAUUGAACAAAAAGCUGAAAAUGAAGAUAUCAUAUUUUUGUUAGAUAACUUAGAAAGGAAGCCAUGUUAUAAAUGGUUUAAUGAGCUGUGGAACAUCCGACGUUCAGUUUACAUCAUCAUUACAACCAAUAAUCCCUCUUUGGACCUUCCUGAUGCAGAGCAACUUCAGGUAGAGAAAUUUGAGGAGGCGUUGGAGUUUCUUGAAGAAAUCCGCAAAGAAAAUAAUGAAGAAGAUCUUUUAGAGCUUUGUGAUCAUUUUGGUUGGAAUAUUCUGGGUCUGACGGCUGCUAAAGAUUACAUGUUGAAAAAAAAGAUAUCGGCCCGCACAUACCUGAAAAUGCAGCGUGACAAAGUGGCAGCGCAGAAAGUUCGCCAAACUGAGUUAAGUAAUCAUGAUCGAAUACUUUACGAAAGUGUACGUGCAUGUUUAGAAGAGGUUGACAGUGAUAAAUUUUCUGCUAUUGCUGCCACUUCUUUAAUCUCUAAUAAAAUGAUUCCAGAUUUUUUUCUCAGUAAUCUGCUAUCUUCAAAUAAUCACCUGGCAAACGUAGCAGAUUUAAAUGAUUUACAUGAUGAGCUCAAGUCACUGGUUCGCAUCACAGAGGAAAAUGGUAUUCGGUUCUUUUCUUUCCAUUCUUUUACCCAGAAUGUGAUCAGAGACAUAAUCGAUGAAUCAUUAAAAGCAGAUCUACUAUACAAAUUGGCGGGAAUAUUUAUGAAGUAUAUCAGUAAAGAUAACCGUUUUUCAAAAGGCGAUUUUCUUCAGCGUACCGUCCGUGAACAUGCGGAGAUACUUCUGCAAGAGUGGGAGGACAAACAGAAAGAUGAUCGUACUUUGAUAGCAUUAGCUCGGUUAUCAGAACUGGUUGGCUUCACCUACACUCAGCAACAGCCUCCUUUACAACAUAAACUGGACGUUCACUUUAUAAGUGCUAGAAAUCUGCUUCAUGAGUUGUGUGGAAUAACUGAGGAAGAUGUACAACCUGCUGAUGGUUUUUUAGCCUCACUUAAGAAGAUGCUGCUGAUGUUUUUUCAUGUAGUCUUAGAAGUCUGGGGAAGUUCGCUUGAAGACUCCAGUGAUAAAGAACAUAGAGAGAUGUAUGGUAUUACCAAGAGAGAUUCAGCAGUCGCUCGUCAGUUGUUCAAUAAACUGACUAAGAAGAGUUCAGGAUUAUCGCCAGACAUAAUUGAAGAACUUGUAUUCUUGCGAACUGUAAACAAACAAGAUUUUGCUUUGUUUCCCGAAGUUGUUAAGGAGAAUCAGACGGUGAAGGAAAAGAUCGAAUGUUCACAUCCGCUUUCGCCAAGUGAUGUUAAUGUGCUCGUUGACCAUGGGGCGGCAUACAGCGUUGAUCGCUAUCGUGAAUUGUUUCUACCGGAACUUUACCUCUCAGUGAUUUACAGCUUUGGCAGAAAUUAUUUCUACAGAAAUAGAGCAACAAUUGAGAAUCCAAGUUUUUACAUCGAUCUUUUGAAGUUAGCGUAUUGUCUUUCAUGCGAGAUCAGCGAGCGAAUGAACCCCCAUGCUGUCUUUCAUGAAUUGAAGGUGCAAACGACUGCUCUUUUAUAUCUCCUGGUUAAUGACGACUAUAAUUGCCAACAAGAUGGUACACAUAUGAAGAAAGAUGCCCAGGCCCAUGCUACGGACUUGAAGAAUGCAAUUGAUCGUUACCAACAGUUGAUCGACGAUGAACGAAGAUUUUUCGAAAUGGGGAUAUUGAAAAAAACGAAGGAUGACACGUACAGCAAGCUUGUUUGUUGUCAACAGAUCUUGAGAUGCUACAAAAACUUGCUAUCACUCAAGAGCAUUGACGGUCGUGACCAGUACAUCAAAGAUGGCGUCCAACUUUGUGAUAAUCUUUUGAAAUUAUUGACUAUUUACGCCACUGAAGACCGAAAGAAAGAUCUCGUUCGAUAUUCCAGACAUAUGAACGACAUUGCUGAGUUUUAUUUAAGUGUCAGCCGGGACGAAUAUUACCCUCGAGCUGUUAAAAUUUUUGCCAUCUCAGCCGAACAUGCUGAAAAAUAUGAUGUGACCUUGUUCUAUCUUCAAGCGUUGGUUGGCUUGGCAGAUAUCUUCAGCAGAAUUGGCAAACAUCGCUUUUCUGCCACCCAGGUUUCAAUUCGUCAUCUCAAGCGAUGCAACAGCAAAGAAAGUCUCCUUGAAAUGCAGCGCCAGAAGCCUCAUAUCCAAGAAAGAAUUUGCAAAAUUCAAAGACAAAACGUAGCAAUGGUCCUCAAGCACUGUAUUCUGCGUAGACGCAAACGAGGUAAAAAUCACAACAGUGCAUAUAUUAAGUAGCUAUUUCAAUUUUUAUAAUGAUAAUUUUGCAAACAUGAGGUAAAAUCGAAAUGAAAAAAUUGUAGCAGUGGCAGCUUUAUAAAAGACGUAUCCAAUCACGAAAAUUUUGCACGGUCAGAAAAUUUUUGGCUUUAAAACGAUAGCAAAUGGUUCGUUAUGGCUCAUUAUGUAAAUUUAGUUCUUGUUGUGUUUCCGGUUUAAGUUUUGAGGAGCUUGUACUGGUUCCAACCUCCACAUGACAAAUAGAAAUUUCAAAUUUGUUCAGUGGAACUUGGACUUUCUUUUACAAUUUGGUCAUUUUAUCUUUUGUUAUAGCUGAGACAUCCCAGCGCUAUGUCGACGAAUCUGACGCAUGUGAAGUGCUAGUGGAUAGUGCAUCAUCUACGUCUAGUGCAAAUGGUAAACAUGUUUUUGUCUUUGCAUGUACGUUCUUGAAAAUUGUUGUACUUGGCUUUAAAUAUUAGUAGCGUUUCGUAAAACCGAAGCGCUUGUAUUAUGUGAAUAUUUCUCUCUAUACCCGGUAUUUCUCUAUAUUCCGGAUUUCCACAGGCAGACUAUUCCAGUCGUUGGUAGCAUGGUAGCUGAAUGCCUGCUUCCCCCAGUUCUUCUUGACGCGUUCCAAAUGUAUGUUCUGUUUGUUUCGAGUAUUGUAGCUGUGGAUGUCAGAGGAGAACUUGAAAUUAAAAUCGAUGUCAUUGUUUUAACACUUGUGCAUGAUUAGACAACGGUGAAAGUGUCUACGUGUUGUUGACGGCUGCCAAUUUAACGAUCGUAGGGAUUCUGAGGCUACGAGAGUGGAUGAACGUCAAGAAUGAUUUUAGCGACUUUGUUGUGAAGAACUUGAAGGUGGUUCAUCAGGACAGAGUUGCUUUAAAAAAAAACCCAGAAAAGUGAAGUGGUAGGUGGCAGAUGAGGGGUUUCUGCCAUGCAAAAAUUUUUUUACGGUUCGCUUGGUUUUGUGUUGUGAUAUUUUUUCUGUCUGCAACUUCUGGCUGCUUGUAUGGAUAUUUUCGGUUCAAAACACGGUGAUGACCUUAGUAAACGAACACCACUGAUAUGUAUAUUGCUCGGUACCUUCAGUGUCCUUAUAAGGGAGGUUCUUAGGAAUUUAUUCCAGGUAAGCGCCUUCUUUCUGAUAUAUUUUAACAGGUCUUGAUAUUUUUAUAGAUACGUAUAUGAAUAAUCAUUUGCUGAAAUUGGCUCAAAAUAUCCCUGGAGGCUGGAAAGAACUGGCAAUAUUUCUUGGUAUUAGCGACAGCAAAAUAAAGGAGAUUCACUUGAAUCACCGGGAUAAUGUGGUAUGGCAAACAUAUAUGAUGCUCAAGCAUUGGUGGACAUCUCGUCAUCAAGCCGCGCAGUCCUGGCGCGAGGAACUUAACAAAGCUCUGUGUGAAAUUAAUAGACAAGAUUUAGCUCAAGAUUUCACAGGUGAUGUUCUUCAAACCGAUACAUGA